CGCGUCCCGGCGGCCGCGCGUUUCCGCCGCGCGCGUUUCGUCGAGGCCCCCUCCGGCUAAUUCACAAAAGACUCGCCGCCGUGCCGAGCGCUCCGAUUGGUCGAGGCCGGGGCCACAGGAAGCGGCGCAGCGCUCGCCGAUUGGCCGCCGCUCUCUUUGUGUGCGCGCAGCUGGCGUCUGGGCUGCAUUUUGAAUGGUCUCGUAUCGGAAGGCGAAGGCGUCCAUGGGCAGCGCGGCAACAAAGGAGCCAGGAUGGUGUUAGUGCACGUCGGAUAUCUGGUUCUUCCCGUCUUCGGUUCGGUCAGAAGUAGAGGAGCACACUUUAGCAGGCACCAGCAUAGUCAUGCUACCUCCUGCCGGCAUUUUCACCUGGCUGCUACGGCAACACCUCUGCCUGCUGAGUUCCCGCCCCCUCCCCUCGCCCCGCCUCAGUACCAGGAAGUCCCGCCCCCUUUCUUACCUCAGGCCUUACAGCAGCAAUACCUCAUCCAGCAACAGCUACUGCAGCGCAGACGCACACAGGAACGAGUCCCGCUGAACACGCCUCGGUUACGCCCAGGAUACGAGUAUGCUCCGCCCCUCCAUGUCCCUCAGCCAAUCCCACAGCAGCCCAGAUACCUGGCAGAAGGCACUGAUUGGGACCUGAGCGUGGAUGCAGGAGUACCACAUCAGUAUCCUCUUCAGCAGAUCCCUCAACCCUACCAGCAUUACCUGGCCUCUCCCAGAAUGCACCACCUCCCCAGAAACACCUCCUCCACCCAAGUGGUUGUCCAUGAGAUCAGGAACUAUCCGUAUCCUCAGCUUCACCUGCUGGCGCUGCAGAGCUUGAGUCCCAGCAGACACUCGUCGGCGGUUCGAGAGAGUUACGAGGAGCUGCUGCAGCUGGAGGAUCGUCUGGGGAGCGUCAGCCGGGGGGCCAUACAGACCACCAUCGAGAGAUUCACCUUCCCCCACAAAUACAAGAAGCGGAAGCCGCUGGAGCUCAAGUUAUGUGAGAACGAGGAAGAGUCGGAUGUGGAUGAGAAAUGCACCAUUUGCCUCUCCAUGCUGGAGGAUGGAGAAGAUGUCAGGAGGUUACCCUGCAUGCAUCUCUUCCAUCAGGCGUGUGUGGAUCAGUGGCUGGCCACCAGCAGGAAGUGUCCCAUCUGCAGAGUGGACAUCCAAACACAGCUCAGCCCCGAGAGCUGAAACACAGCCGGCGAAAUAACACGCAUUAACAAAUAACUCACACACACACACACACACACACACACUGUAUAUUACCUACACACUUGUAUGAUGAGCCAUCCAACACACACUAAACAUACACUCACACGCUUUACUGAGCCAAUGACAAUAACUGACACUACACUCUCACACACACACACACACACGUAUGUGCUGGUAGAAACUAAAGGGUCUGUCGCGAGGAGUGAUUCUGUCCGUAGGGAAAUGGUGUGUGUCCGUAGCAUAUGUGUGUGUAUUUGUGCAAUUCCUUAAGCCAUGAACUUUACUAAAGACCCUCAGCUUGCAUACAACACACACACACACACACACACACACACACUUACACACUAAAUA